AUGGAGCCCGAGCUCGACCCUGCUGCUGUGGAGGUUCCCGCCGGGCGCGUGCUCUGUGCCCGGGAGCUCCUCGCUGCCCGCUCGCGGUCCCAGAAGCUGCCUCAGCGCUCGCAUGGGCCCAAGGACUUCCUCCCCGACGGCUCGGCGGCGCAGGCCGAGCGGCUGCGCGGGUGCCGCGAGGAGCUCUGGCAGCUGCUGGCGGAGGAGCGCGUGGAGCGCCUGGGCAGUUUGGUGGCUGCCGAGUGGAGGCCAGAAGAGGGCUCCGUGGAACUGAAGUCUCCUGCGGGUAAAUUCUGGCAGACCAUGGGCUUCUCAGAGCAGGGCCGGCAGCGACUUCACCCCGAAGAGGCCUUAUAUCUGCUGGAGUGUGGCUCCAUCCAGCUUUUCCACCAAGAUCUGCCACUGUCUAUUCAGGAGGCCUACCAGCUACUGCUGAGUGAGGACACUAUGACUUUUCUGCAGUACCAGGCAUUCAGCCACCUGAAGAGACUGGGCUACGUGGUUCGGCGAUUCCAACCAAGCUCCAUCCUGUCCCCUUAUGAGAGACAGCUGAACUUGGAUGGCAGUGCCCAGUGCUUAGCGGAUCAGAAUGGCAAGAGGAAGAGGAGGAGCUCCAGCUCUCGGUCCAUUAAUAAGAAGGCCAAGGCCCUGGAGAAUCCCCCACGGGGGGUGAAUGAGACACCUGAGAGCCUGACAACCUCCAGCCCACCUCCUUGCAACGAGGACAGCCGAUGCGUAGAGGAGAAACCUCAGGAGUCAAGCCCUGUAAAGGGCCCAGUGGGCCCAUCUCAGCUUCUGGGAUCCCUGGAGCCCUGGCCUGACCUGGCUAACAAGGGGGUGGGGUGCAGCCAGGAGAGUGGCAAAGUAGAGAAUGGGGUCAAGGGGGUUUGUAAGCCACGCUGGAACUUUGAACAGAUCUCCUUCCCCAACAUGGCUUCAGAUAGCCGCCACACCCUUCUGCUUGCCCCAGCCCCAGAGCUGCUCCCGGCCAAUGUCGCUGGGCGGGAGACAGAUGCUGAAUCCUGGUGCCAGAAGCUGAACCAAAGGAAGGAGAAGCUCUCCAGGCGGGAACGGGAGCAACAAGCAGAGGCCCAGCGCUUCCGGGAGGAUGUAAACUCAGAUCCCGAGGUGCAGUGCUGCUCCAGCUGGCAGGAGUACAAGCAGCUGCUGCAGAGGAGGCACCUGCAGAAGAGCCAGAGCCGCCCCCCGCACCUGUGGGACCAGCCUGUCAGACCCUUGCUGAGUCCUGGCCAGACAGAUUCCCCAGCCACAGCCCUUCAGCAUAUCUCUGUGCUGCAGACCACACACCUUGCUGAUGGAGGUGCCCGGCUGCUGGAGAAGUCUGGGGGUUUGGAGAUCAGCUUUGACAUUUACCAGGCUGAUGCCGUGGCCACAUUCCGAAAGAAUAACCCUGGCAAGCCCUACGCCCGGAUGUGCAUUAGUGGAUUUGAUGAACCAGUUCCAGACCUCUGUACCCUCAAGCGGUUAUCCUACCAGAGUGGGGAUGUUCCUCUGAUCUUUGCCCUGGUGGAUCAUGGAGACAUCUCCUUCUACAGCUUCAGGGACUUCACGCUGCCCAGGGAUCUGGAACACUAAUCACCCCGCUCUGGCAGGGCAUGGGACCUGCUCUGGGGGACCUGGACUGUCUACUCUCAGGGACCAUCUCAGCUGCCUCCUAUACCCAGACCCUGACCUGUAGCUUCAGGGGCUAGUCUGGGCCUUGGCCCUGGGUGUCUGAUGCUUGCAGGAGAACGAAGCCAUGCCCCCCCUACCUGGCUUCCAUAGUCCCAGGCCUGAGAUUGCUGUCGCGCAGUGAUCCCCUUGGAACUCAGGACUAGAUUUCAGAGACCCAGCAGGGUGGGGUAGAAGAGAGGACUCUGUGCCUUUAAACGAGAGGGUGCCUGCUUCGUACGAUAAAGCCAAAGCCAUUAAAAAAUAGAUCGCUUUUCUGCUGUGGCUGGAGAUCGUGGACAAGUCCCGA